AUGAGCAUCAUCAUUCACCAGGUCCUGAGUAAGAUCGCAGGUGUGGCCAUUGACGGGGACCUUCCACCACCUGGCUGCAACAUGAAGCUGGUGUUGCUCUGCCUGCUAAGUGUGAUGCAGAUCCGGUGUUGGUCAUCUGCCUCGGUCAAAGACCCUUCCAUCGUUGCCACCAUGAUCCAGCUUAUAUUAGAUCAAAUCCACCGGAUGUGCCAGUCCAUCAACCGGAUUGGAGGCUUACCCGGAAAACCUGAUCAGAACCCGGACGACGUCGCCAUUGGGAAAGAGCUGUUUUCUGAGCCCCUGCCAGAGUCACUGACCACAGCCUAUUGUCUGCAGUUUGGCCCCAGUGUGAAGUUCAUGAGGAUCUUCAAGAGGGCAUUUGGCCAAGACCACCAAGUGGCCAAGCACAUGCUCCACUGGAGGUCAACCAAUAUCUUUGUGGACUUUGAUGCCACCUAUAACAUUGAAAACAUGAUUUCCCUCAACGGCUGCACUGAGGUAUAUUUCAACCAAAGGUGAAGCCUUUAGAGGAGGAGGACUUUCAAGAGGUGAAGCCUCUGGGGAAGUAGUCUCUGGAGGUGAAGGCUCUGGGGAAGUAGUCUCUGGAGGUGAAGGCUCUGGGGAAGUAGUCUCUGGAGGUGAAGCCUCUGGGGAAGUAGUCUCUGGAGGUGAAGCCUCUGGGGAAGUAGUCUCUGGAGGUGAAGGCUCUGGGGAAGUAGUCUCUGGAGGUGAAGGCUCUGGGGAAGUAGUCUCUGGAGGUGAAGGCUCUGGGGAAGUAGUCUCUGGAGGUGAAGCCUCUGGGGAAGUAGUCUCUGGAGGUGAAGGCUCUGGGGAAGUAGUCUCUGGAGGUGAAGCCUCUGGGGAAGUAGUCUCUGGAGGUGAAGCCUCUGGGGAAGUAGUCUCUGGAGGUGAAGGCUCUGGGGAAGUAGUCUCUGGAGGUGAAGCCUCUUGGGAAGUAGUCUCUGGAGGUGAAGGCUCUGGGGAAGUAGUCUCUGGAGGUGAAGCCUCUGGGGAAGUAGUCUCUGGAGGUGAAGCCUCUGGGGAAGUAGUCUCUGGAGGUGAAGGCUCUGGGGAAGUAGUCUCUGGAGGUGAAGCCUCUGGGGAAGUAGUCUCUGGAGGUGAAGCCUCUGGGGAAGUAGUCUCUGGAGGUGAAGGCUCUGGGGAAGUAGUCUCUGGAGGUGAAGGCUCUGGGGAAGUAGUCUCUGGAGGUGAAGGCUCUGGGGAAGUAGUCUCUGGAGGUGAAGCCUCUGGGGAAGUAGUCUCUGGAGGUGAAGCCUCUGGGGAAGUAGUCUCUGGAGGUGAAGCCUCUGGGGAAGUAGUCUCUGGAGGUGAAGGCCUCUGGGGAAGUAGUCUCUGGAGGUGAAGGCUCUGGGGAAGUAGUCUCUGGAGGUGAAGCCUCUGGGGAAGUAGUCUCUGGAGGUGAAGGCUCUGGGGAAGUAGUCUCUGGAGGUGAAGCCUCUGGGGAAGUAGUCUCUGGAGGUGAAGGCUCUGGGGAAGUAGUCUCUGGAGGUGAAGCCUCUGGGGAAGUAGUCUCUGGAGGUGAAGCCUCUGGGGAAGUAGUCUCUGGAGGUGAAGCCUCUGGGGAAGUAGUCUCUGGAGGUGAAGCCUCUGGGGAAGUAGUCUCUGGAGGUGAAGCCUCUGGGGAAGUAGUCUCUGGAGGUGAAGCCUCUGGGGAAGUAGUCUCUGGAGGUGAAGCCUCUGGGGAAGUAGUCUCUGGAGGUGAAGCCUCUGGGGAAGUAGUCUCUGGAGGUGAAGCCUCUGGGGAAGUAGUCUCUGGAGGUGAAGGCUCUGGGGAAGUAGUCUCUGGAGGUGAAGGCUCUGGAGGUGGUGGAGAAGGAGGUGGAGAAGGAUGUGGAGAAUGAGGUUGAGAAGUAGGUGGACAUUUUGGCAAUUAAAUAAUUGCUUGCAAAUAUAAACAUUUCACAUUAAUAUAAUCUGAUUAUUAGUACAAUUCAUGUAUACCGAUACAGUACAUUGAAUUAUAUUACACCAAUGAUGGCACAAAUUCUGUACAAUGAUGAUGGCAUAAUAUACAUGUUAUUAGUGGCUAGGGCAUUCAUAACACUUAAGUGUAGCUCCUUUCUAACACAAGGUUUUUCCCUAGUAGUACUUCUCUGUAGACGUAAAGUGAAAGAUUGUUAAAAAAAAGUGUGAGAGAGUCUUUAUCUGUGUAUGGAGCAGUCAACAGGGCCAGGCAGUAGUCCGCAGCACCAUUAUCUGUUGUCAAACAGGGGCCUCUCUUGGCCCCCAUACAGACUGAUAAACACAGCCCACCACAUAAUCACCUACUACACACACAGGUCUUCUCAGAACCAUAUGUCCCAGAGGUGUGUGUACUGCUCAAUGUGUGUGUAGCAGUUGUAGUAGUGGGGGAGGAGAGUUUGAGUUGGUUCAUGAAGCUGAAAGCUGAAUGAAGAGGCAAAUGUCAGUAUGGUAUUCUGCUUGCAAUGUAUGCCAUAACGUUGUGUCAGAGAAACACAAAUUCUAAUACACUUGAAAUUACAUUUUCAGUUGUUUUGUGCAAAACAAAGUGCAUAACAUUAAUUAGCUAGAAUUACAUCAGUUUGGAAUUGUUUUGCUGGCCAUAGAUUGGUGUUGUCAGCAUCAUACAGGUUGGAUUUCUACUCAGGAUCCAGAAACAGGAAGGUAGCGGGGGGGGAGAUAGCACAACUGUUCAUUCACUCUUUCUCCUGGUUUAGAAGAGAGGACUGGAGUAAGAAAAGGAGUUGGCAUAGUACACACACUUACGUCCCACCCCCAACGGUCAUCAGAAGAUACAUGAAUAGAGAAGAUUUGAAGUCACGUCCAAACUGAGAGAGAAGAGAGAAAGAGGGGGGGAUACGGUAGAGGGGUAGAAUGGAGAGACGACAGCUGUAAAAAAAGAGAAGUAGGCUACUUGCUAUGUCAAAUUGGAUAAGAGACAGGUGGAACUGUUUUCGGGAGGACUGGUUACUUAACAUUUGCAAUAGUCUAAGCAUUGUGAGAUGGUCAUGUAAAAGAAAACACAAACCUCACAAUAUUGUCACCACUGUAAGCCGUGUAAAGUUGACAUCUAUCUCUAACUGAUCAGAUGGCUGGGAUACAAGCUGCUGUGCUACCAUCCUUUAGCUCCUUCUCAAACUUUGUUCACUCUAAUGACAAUAUGAAGGUAUGUAUUCCACUUGUUAUUUUAUUUCUACAUUUUGCUGAAACAAUUAAAAAAACUGGAAUAACUUUGUUUUAAGAGGGUGAGUGUUGGGGCUAAUAGCAGUGUCUAAAUGCCAUUAACAUUUCUUUGAACAAAAUGUUUUGACUCGCAAUGAAGAGGCAUUGUGAGCACAAGCACAGCCUCAUAUCCCCAACAAAGCCAAAACAUUUAAUAAAAUACAUUUAUUUUGAUUUAAGACCUGUUCAAAUCAAAUGGAUUUUAUUUCAAAAGUAAUUACAAAACUAGGAUUUAAUUAUAAAAUGGUUAAUUGCAAUUGCAUUUUUAGUGUUAUUUUAACUUGUUAGUUGGUGUUGUUUGGUUUUUAGAGUAAAAUAUUAUUUCCAUAUUUAUGUGAAGUUAGAGAGGCUUGAUAUGAACUGAUGUUUUUGUACUAUCACACAAGGUGUGGAAAUUUGAGGAUGGCGCUCUCAGUCUGGACUCUCAAACCAAGAGGACGUCACCUGGCAACACCAGUGACCAGCAGCCGGUUCUUCCUCACCUGGACGAUGAAAGUGAAACCUCAUGGGACAUGGAGUUCUUGUUGUCUGACUGGAGCAGCCCAUCACCUGAGCUGAACCCCUCUCUGGACUACAACACUCAGCAUCUUCCUCAACCGGACCAAACUGGACUGUACCAUGAUGGAGGAGGGGUGUUGAAGGACCAAAUAAUUCCAGACAGGCUUCAUAUGGGCAGCAGUAGCCUGAUGGGUGAGCUGCUCACCCCCUUGGAGACCAUUGGUUCAGGCAUACCAGAACUCUACAACUGGUCCUUUAGUGAUGACCAACAGGUUCGAUCAUCAUCAUCAUUAUCAUCAUUCCCCACUCAACCAGACGUGGACCAGUAUGGUUUCACCCCCGGUAGAAACCAGGAGAGACAUGGCAGCGAUAGAGCCACUGCUGUCCUCACUAAGGCCAAAUCAUGGGACUUUGGAAUGGGACACUACUACCCCAAACAAUACACUUCCAUGGUGACCUUUCAAGAUGGAAGAUUCCUCCAAGCCCCUGUCUCCAUGACAACCUCUAUGACCUCUGAACCUCGAACCCACCACUACAGCGUCCUCCAAAACUACCCCCACCACCCGGGUCUAUACCGCAACCAGAACAACUACAAUCUCCACAACCACCACCACCAACAAGCCUCCUCCAGCCACUUCCCCCACUCCCAGCCCCAGCAGCCCCAUCUGGCUGUCUACUCAGGGGUUCCCCCUGGUGACUUGGAGGGGAAGCGCAGCCGCAGGAUGGUGGUGAAGAAGAGGGCUGCCAUCCACAGCUGUGAAUACCCAGGAUGUAGUAAGACAUAUACCAAGAGCUCCCACCUCAAGGCUCACCUCCGCACGCACACAGGUAAGAAUACAUCAAUUAGAAUACAUUACACAGGUAAGAAUACAUCAAUUAGAAUACAUUACACAGGUAAAAAUACAGAGAUUAGAAUACAUUACACCAGUAAGAAUACAGAGAUUAGAAUACAUUACACAGGUAAGAAUACAGAGAUUAGAAUACAUUACACUGGUAUUGAGGCAUUAAUGCAUAAUGCAUAUUCAUUACAUAUUCAUUACGGCUAAUAGGCAGAACUGCAUGAUGGACAACUUCAUAUGGAUAAAUAAUGAUUUAUGGCUUUUAGUAGUAAUGGCUAUUGAAUAGAAAAAGUCUAAAUGAUCCUUGGGAUGUCCCAACUCUGACGUCAACCAGUGACUUAACACUAAAAAUAAACGUUUACAUUUUAGUCACUUAGGAGACGCUCUUAUCCAGAGCGACUUACAGUUAGUGGAUUCAUCUUAAGAGCUAGGUGGGACAACCACAUAUCACGAUCCUUGGGACGUCCCAACUCUGACGUCAACCCAUUGAAGUUGAAAUGUAAAACGGUUAGAGUUAGGUAAGGGUUAUGGUUAGGGUAAGGGUAGGGGUUAUGGUUAGGGUAAGGGUAGGGGUUAUGGUUAGGGUAAGGGUAGGGGUUAUGGUUAGGGUAAGGGUAGGGGUUAUGGUUAGGGUAAGGGUAGGGGUUAUGGUUAGGGUAAGGGUAAGGGUUAUGGUUAGGGUAAGGGUAGGGGUUAUGGUUAGGGUAAGGGUAGGGGUUAUGGUUAGGGUAGGGGUUAUGGUUAGGGUAAGGGUAGGGGUUAUGGUUAGGGUAAGGGUAGGGGUUAUGGUUAGGGUAAGGGUAGGGGUUAAGGUUAGGGUAAGGGUAGGGGUUAUGGUUAGGGUAAGGGUAGGGGUUAAGGUUAGGGUAGGGACGUCCCAAGGAUCUUGGACUGCACUAACCCUAUUGAAUAGGAUACAAUUUACACUAUGAAUUAUCAACACAUUUCUAUCAACAAAUGCGGAGGGAUUACAAUUGCUACGGAGUGUUUAAAACAAGUCACUUAUGAGCCAACUGAUGGCUGAUUUUGACACUGGUUGCUUUUGUGUGCUAUUGAUUCCAUAGGGGAAAAACCAUACCACUGUACGUGGGAGAGCUGUGGGUGGAAGUUUGCCCGUUCAGACGAGUUGACCCGUCACUACCGUAAACACACGGGUCAGAAGCCCUACGAGUGUCUGCUGUGUCAGAGAGCCUUCUCCCGCUCAGACCACCUGGCCCUGCACAUGAAGAGACACACAUGA